GGCAGCUAGCUAAAACCCAGCUGUGUACGUAUGGUCGAAAUAUUGAAGUUUAGCUCUGGAAGAUAAGGCAAAGAUCCUAGCUAGCUAGCGUUGCUUCCCCACGUAAACAUACUCCCUCGCUCUGAAUGUCCAAAGAGAAAGCAUAUGCCGACAAGGUGGCGCUCCACCAGAGCACCGGAGUUGCUGAGAUAGAGAAUGUGGCAUACAACGCCAUAUUUGCCAAAAGUUUCAGUCGGAAUGAACAGAAGAAGUUGGGGUGUGGGGCGUUGGCAGUAUUCUUGAUGAUUGUGCUAAGUCUCUGCACUGUGCUUAAGCCUUACUUGGGUCCUCUACCAAUUUUGAAAUUGCGGGUGCCAGUGGAUUCUGGAGUAUAUAUGCUCACGGUUGAGGAUACAAUGAGCAGUUCUUUUGAGCAAAAAAAGGAGGAUUUAAGCAGAUAUCAGCCAAUAGUUGCAGAGAAAGAAGUGAUAAAAGAGACUAAGAUAAUGUGCAAUGUGUCGGAACGAAGAUCGGAUUUUUGUGAGGUCGACGGAGAUGUUAGAAUUCAGGCGAACUCCUCCACCAUCUUUGCUGUUUCAUCAUCUCAAACGGGUAUUCCGGAACCGGCAGGAAAUGACUCAUGGGCUAUCCGACCCUAUGCUCGGAAAGGAGAUAAAGCUGCGAUGGGAAGCGUUAACCAGUUGUGGGUGAAAUCAUUUGCUGGUCAUGAAGAAGCAGCCCCUCAGUGCACGCUAAAUCACAGCGUUCCGGCCAUAGUUUUCUCCACUGGUGGAUACACUGGUAACAAUUUCCAUGAGUUCACCGACACACUGAUUCCUCUUUUUAUUACUUCUCGCCAAUUCAAUGGAGAAGUUCAGUUCGUCGUAACCGAUUACAAAGCUUUCUGGGUGAACAAGUAUCAAGUAAUACUGAAACAUCUCUCCAGAUACGAGAUCAUCAACAUGGACAAGGACCAUCAAAUCCACUGCUUUCCGCGAGUGGUAGUGGGUCUUAAGUGUCACAAGGAAUUGAGCAUUGAUCCAUCAAAAUCUCCAAAUGGGUACUCCAUGCUGGACUUCACAGAGUUCUUGAGGAGCUCCUAUUCAUUGAAGAGGGGGACAGUGACCAGGAUUGGUGAUCGUGGGCACAAGAAGCCUAGGCUUCUGAUUAUAUCAAGGAAGAGAACUCGAUCAUUUAUGAACGUGGGUGAGAUAGCUAAGAUGGCUAGACGCUUGGGCUAUAAGGUAGCUGUAGCAGAGGCCACGUCAAACUUGUCACAGUUCGCACAAGAUGUAAACUCCUGCGACGUGUUGAUGGGGGUUCAUGGGGCUGGACUGACUAACAUGAUUUUUCUUCCUGCUAAUGCAAUACUAAUUCAGAUUGUUCCUUUUGGCUUAGAUUGGUUGGCUACGUAUGACUUUGGAAAGCCGGCUUUAGACAUGAACAUUAGGUACUUGGAAUACAAGAUUAAAGAAGAGGAGAGCUCUCUGAUACAGCAAUACCCAUCUGACCAUGCAGUGUUUAGAGACCCCCCUUCAGUUCACAAGUAUGAUUGGCAAGCAUUUAGGGCUCUAUACUUGGAUAACCAAAAUGUCAAGCUUGAUGUACGCAGGUUUAAAGCAACACUGUUAAAAGCCAUUGAGCUUUUCCAUCAGUAGAUCUAGUACGUUAAUGGUGUUCUCUCUAUAUAUAUAUGGAAAACUCAAAAAUGUCUUCUCCAUCAGAAGAGCUGUUUUAUACACAACAGCUAGCUCAUUGUUUUGUAGUUGGUGCAUGCUUCUGAUCUGUCUUUCGUAUUUGUUGUAUAUAGGCCUUGGGUAGUGGCUUAAUUAGCUUUAGCCCAAGAUGAGUUAAUUAAAGGAAGAGAUUAAUCUACCCAGAUUUCAAUGCAUUAAUUGAUUAUGAUUUUAUUAUCCUGCCUAUUUAUCAAGUUGUUAGCAUUGUAUUAGGUGGGAUUCCAUUCACAUGUUGAAAUGA